AUGAUGUCUUAUCUUAAGCAACCGCCUUACGCAGUCAAUGGGCUGAGUCUGACCACUUCGGGUAUGGACUUGCUGCACCCCUCCGUGGGCUACCCGGGGCCCUGGGCUUCUUGUCCCGCAGCCACCCCCCGGAAACAGCGUCGGGAGAGGACGACGUUCACUCGGGCGCAGCUAGACGUUCUGGAAGCGCUGUUUGCCAAGACCCGGUACCCAGACAUCUUCAUGCGGGAGGAGGUAGCGCUGAAAAUCAACUUGCCCGAGUCCAGGGUGCAGGUAUGGUUCAAGAAUCGAAGAGCCAAGUGCCGCCAACAGCAGCAGCAACAGCAGAAUGGAGGUCAAAACAAAGUGAGACCUGCCAAAAAGAAGACAUCUCCAGCUCGGGAAGUGAGUUCAGAGAGUGGAACAAGUGGCCAAUUCACUCCCCCCUCUAGCACCUCAGUCCUGACCAUUGCCAGCAGCAGUGCUCCUGUGUCUAUCUGGAGCCCAGCUUCCAUCUCCCCACUGUCAGAUCCCUUGUCCACCUCCUCUUCCUGCAUGCAGAGGUCCUAUCCCAUGACCUAUACUCAGGCUUCAGGUUAUAGUCAAGGAUAUGCUGGCUCAACUUCCUACUUUGGGGGCAUGGACUGUGGAUCUUAUUUGACCCCUAUGCAUCACCAGCUUCCUGGACCAGGGGCCACACUCAGUCCCAUGGGUACCAAUGCAGUCACCAGCCAUCUCAAUCAAUCCCCAGCUUCUCUUUCCACCCAGGGAUAUGGAGCUUCAAGCUUGGGUUUUAACUCAACCACUGAUUGCUUGGAUUAUAAGGACCAAACAGCCUCCUGGAAGCUUAACUUCAAUGCUGACUGCUUGGAUUAUAAAGAUCAGACAUCCUCAUGGAAAUUCCAGGUUUUGUGA